ACGAUAACACUUUUUCAUCGGAUUUAACAAUGUGAAUUUGUAGAUUUAAAUAAUAGCCAUCAUGUGGAAGAUGGCUCAGUAGUGGCGCAAUUACAAUGUCAGGAGAAAUAAUCAAUCUGAAUGUUGGAGGGAAAAGAUUUUCCACCUCCAGACAAACACUAACAUGGGUACCAGAUUCAUUUUUCACAAGCAUGCUAAGUGGAAGGAUCUCAACACUAAAGGAUGAAACCGGUGCAAUAUUUAUUGAUAGAGAUCCCAAGCUGUUUCAGCAUGUACUGAAUUUUUUACGAACAAAGGAUAUUGCUUUGAGAAAUGUGAAUCUGUCUGCACUUAGACAUGAAGCAGAAUUCUAUGGAAUCACACCUUUAGUGCGGCGUUUGAUGUUGUGUGAAGACCUGGACUGUGCGUCGUGUGGAGAUGUUCUCUUUCAUGGAUACCUUCAACCUCCGUUACCUCCAGUGGCAGAAUCUCUUUCCAAACACCAGUCACCAUCUGUGAAUAGCUUGGACAACAGUGAACAGGCUCAACAGAACCUGCCAUCAAGACCUCCAGAAUCAAGGAACAGCUCAGUGGAUUCAAGGAUGUCUCAUUCCAGACAGGGUUCCCUCGAUAUCCGAUGUCACGCCCAUUCAAGAAAUUCUUCUACUGAUCUGCGACAUUUCCGUAACUCAUUUGAUUUCAACAGAAUUAUGUGUGCCAAGACUGACUCGGUGUCUAAUUCAAGCACAGUUGUGUAUGUUGACCCUCUGAGAGUGACCAUGGUGCGUGGCCACCACAACUGGAUCUGUGUGGCGUACCCACACUUUGUCUGUUGUUUCAGAAUGAAGGACUCAAUGGGCUGGCAGUUGAUUUGGACUAGCCCCCACAUGGAAGUACAGGUGGAGCACACAGCUAUAAAUGCCAAGGUGCUGAACCCGAAUCAGGACAAUUCGUACAAAAUGGUGGCUGCAUCUGAGGCUAAUCUGAUUAGACUCUGGUCGGUCAGCGAUGAUGGGGAUAGUCGCGAGAUAGGGGUGUUCAACCUAAAUGUGUCGGUGGACUCGCUGUUUUUCAUUGGGAGUCAGCUCGUGGCUCUGAGUCAGACAGGCAAGGUGGGAGUCUGGCACUCCAUGACACAGCAUUGGCAGAUCCAGGAUGUCAUUCCCAUCACAAGCUAUGACACAUCGGGCUCUUUUCUGCUACUGGGUUGUAACAACGGUUCCAUUUACUACAUCGACAUGCAGAAGUUUCCUCUGCGGAUGAAGGACAACGACUUGUUGGUAACAGAACUGUACAAGGACCCAUCCAACGACAUGGUCACAGCACUCAGUGUCUACCUCACCCCAAAGACCAGUUUAAGUGGUAAUUGGAUUGAAAUUGCAUAUGGAACGAGUUCUGGAACUGUCCGAGUAAUUGUACAGCAUCCAGAAACAGUGGGACAUGGGCCGCAACUCUUCCAGACAUUCACAGUUCACCGCAGUCCAGUGAACAAGGUCAUGUUGUCAGAGAAACACCUCGUCUCAGCUUGCUCCGAGUACAACCAUGUUCGAACGUGGAGCGUUACACGGUUUCGUGGGAUGAUCUCAACCCAACCCGGUUCUACACCGUUAGCUUCCUUCAAGAUUGUUUCCUUAGAAGAUGUUGAUCCCAUUGUCAGCUAUUCAGCAGGCAAUGAUUUUGGACCAUAUGGUGAGCGAGAUGACCAGCAGCUGUUUAUACAGAAAGUAGUACCAGAGACAGACCAGCUGUUUGUUCGUCUGUCUUCAACUGGACAGAGAGUGUGUGUGAUAAAGUCUGUUGAUGCCAGUACAAUCAGUGCUUUCUGCGUUCACGAGUGUGAGGGAUCCAAUCGAAUGGGAUCACGACCUCGCAGGUUUCUCUUCACUGGACACUCCAAUGGCAGUAUUCAGAUGUGGGACCUGACUACUGCACUGGAUAUAAUGAACAAAUCUGAACCGACUAGUCAAAAAGAUGGUGACCCCGGCGGUCCGACUCCACGAGAACUGAUCCGACUGCUGGACCAGUGCGACCUGAGUUCGUCGCGGUGCUCCACGCCAUGUGUCAGUCCUUCCCCGUCGCUCCUGGCCGGAUCGGGCUUCCUGGGCUCACGGUUCCGCUCCACGCUUCCUUUCACGCCUAGCUACAACAUCAACAGAGUGGCAAACCGUGAGGGCUCCGACAGCAGUGGAGAACCUGGGGAACAGGAUGAUUCUGCCCAGCCUUGUGAGGGUGCAUGUGCCGAUCUGAACCACAAUAUGGGUGCCGGUCACGAGGAACGAGAAAACAAUCCAAAUGGAAAAAGUAGUUACUGGGUUUAAAAAGUAUUAUUUAAUAUGUAAUAACAUAUUUACAAAAUCACAUAAAUUUGUGUCUUUCAUUGAUGAGAUACUAUCAAGGUAUGUAGUCCUCUAAAAACACUGUAUGGUACUUCUGCCUGAAACUUACAAAGAGUUGAUCCAAGGGAGGGGAUGAGAAGAACCUGCCCUUCACCUCCCACCAACCCCAAGAAAAAUUCACCUGUCGUUAUUUUUUUGAACAAUUUGUUUACAAUGCCAAACUUUUAUUAAAGUACUCUUUUUCAGGAGUUGGUCCAUGUGUCCUUUUGCCCAUGGUACCUUCCCUAAAAUAUUCCCUGGGUCUACCCUUGUUUUCAGUUUCAUGCUUAGAAUAUUCAGGUCUAUUUUUGGUUGUUCUAAUGUCAACAGAAGCUCAGAAAAAUAUCUUGAUCUGGCCAUUUGGCAUGUUAGAUUUUGAUGGUAUGGGUACUGUGUUUUUGUAGGUACUUUUUGGUAAUACAUCUUUCUGAACUGUCAGUUCAAGUAAAUAAAAAUUAUAUAUCAUAUUAUAUAUAUUUUUAAUGUUAAUUUGCCAAAAAGCUAAUUAAAAAACUGUUUGUAGAUUUGUUUAUUUUGUCUGCAUAUUUGUUUUGUUUGGUUAACUGAAACUAGAGUUUGGUUGAAGAUUUUCUGCCUAAAUUCACCAAAUUGCCAUUAGGUUUAUAUUGUGCAUUGUAUGUUAUAUUUUAUAUAAAUUUGUAAACUUACAUGUAUACAACCCACCUGUAGACUGUCUUAUCAACUACGUAUUAUUAUUUUAUUUUGUAUUCUCCUCAUAUGCCAUUGCUGAACAGCUAGAGUAAAAUAAUCUAUUCUUGUAGUUGACAGUUACGUACACUUCAACUGUUAGACAAAUUUGUAGAUGAAUCAUACUGAUAGUGUUACCUUUGUUUGACACCCAGUAGGCGAUAUCUAUAUAUUUUUGUGUUGGGCUGUCAUUAAACAUCCAUUCACACGUACACUUAUAGGUGAUCACACACUCAAAACAUGACCAGGGGCCUAAUUCACUAAUCUCUCGCAACUUUGCGAUCUCGCAGUGCAAUGCUAAAAGACUUGCAAAGAGGAUGCUUUAUUGUCUAGCAGAACCUAAGAGACCUUUGUGAAUUAGGCCCCAGAUGUAAAAACAUUACUGUUAAGGUGUGGAUAGAAAUACCAUAUACUGUUAUGCGAGGAUUAAGUACUUUUAACAGAUCCGUCACAAGAACAUUUUAUAAUUUGUUUUAUAUAAUAUAGAGUUAUACAUCCCUAUUACCUUAUUUGAGAGCGUGUGUGUGUUUGCGUGCAGAAAUCUUAACAUUUUGAUGGUUAAAUGUGCAGGUUCAAAUCAAAAGCCUAGGUUUUCUUAGAUUAACACUCAAGCGUAGUUUAAUACUUCCAUUGCAUUAUAAGCUUCCUUCCCCAUUCUCUCUCUCUCUCUCUCUCUCUCUCUCUCUCUCUCUCUCUCUCUCU